AGCUCGUCACCUCCAUCUCGCCAUCGUUCACAAUGCAAGCACUACGACUACAGAAAAAGUAUCCAGAUGUCUCGCAAGAUGAGAUAUUCGACAUGAUCAAUCGCUUCAAUGCGAUAUCUACGGACUCGCCAGGACGCGUCGACAAAGCGAAAGCCCUCCAGGCCAUACAACAGACCGGUCACUCCUACGAUGCCGCGCGCGAGACCUUGAAGCACGUUAGCGUUGAUGCCAGUGGAAAGCUUGAGGUAGAAGACUGGGUGGAGCUCAACGUCAAACUACGACAACAUGCUACGCCCGCCCUCGCCACCCGUGCAGGCAAGGUUACGGUCCAAGGGUCUAACGCGAAUGUCAGCCAUACACUCAACGAAGACGAACGCACGGAAUUCACAAAUCACAUCAACCUCAUCAUCGAAGGCGACCCGGACCUCGGUUCCCGAUUCCCUAUUCCGACGGAUACCAUGCAAAUCUUUGAAGAAUGCCGCGACGGUCUCAUUCUCUGCAAACUUAUCAACGACUCCGUACCCGACACGAUCGACAUGCGUGUCCUGAACAAGCCUACGGCGCGCAAACCGCUCAAUGCAUUCCAGAUCACCGAGAACAACAACAUCGUCAUCAAUUCUGCCAAGUCCAUCGGCUGCUCGGUCGUGAACAUCGGUUCCACGGACAUCGCCGAGGGCCGAGAGCACCUUGUCCUCGGCCUGAUCUGGCAGAUCAUCCGUCGCGGUUUGCUCGCACAAGUCGACAUCAAGAUCCACCCCGAGCUCUACCGCCUAUGUGAAGAGGGCGAGACCAUCGAAGACCUCCUGCGUUUGACUCCGGAUCAAAUUCUCUUGCGCUGGUUCAACUACCACCUCAAACAAGCUGGCUGGCACCGAAGAGUCGGCAACUUUAGCAAGGACGUGAAAGACGGCGAGAACUACACUAUCCUCCUCAACCAGCUCAAACCCGACGAAUGUUCCACCGCUCCGCUGCAGACACGCGACCUCCGCCAACGCGCCGAGCAGGUCCUCCAAAACGCAGACCGCAUCGGCUGUCGCAAGUACCUCACGCCUUCCUCGCUCAUCGCGGGCAAUCCGCGCCUCAACCUUGCCUUCGUCGCGAACCUCUUCAACACCUGGCCCGGGCUCGCUCCCCUCGAUGAACAGGAGGCGAAGGACUACGGUGUCGUCGAGGACUUCGACGCCGAAGGCGAACGCGAAGCGCGUGUGUUUACGCUUUGGCUCAACUCGCUCGGCGUCGAGCCGGCGGUUCACAACUUGUUUGAGAACCUUAAGGAUGGUGUCGCCAUCCUGCAGGCAUUCGACAAGAUCCUGCCCGGCUCCGUCGUCUGGCGCAGGGUGUCCAAGCCGAAGCCGCUUCCGGCUGACGGCCCGGCCUCGCCGACGACCGCGGAAGGCGAGGAGGAAGAGGAGACGGGUAUCACGCCCAACCAGUCCAAGCUUUCGAGGUUCAAGUGUGUGGAGAACACUAACUACGCGGUCGAGCUGGCCAAGCAGAACGGGAUGCAUAUGGUUGGUAUUCAGGGUGCGGACAUUGUGGACGGCAAGCGGACCCUCGUCUUGGGCCUUGUCUGGCAGCUCAUGCGGAUGAGCGUAGUCAAGACUAUGUCUGCGCUGUCGAAAGGUCGGCCGCUAAGCGAUACGGAUAUUCUCAAGUGGGCGAACAACACCGUUCAGAAGGCGAAGCCUAGCGCGCGCCCGGCCAGGUCGUUCAAAGACCCGAUGUUGACCACGGGCAUUUGGUUCCUUGAUCUGCUUGAGGGCAUAAAGCCUGGCAUCGUCGACCCAUCGAUGGUGAUCAACGUCAGCGAUAACGGCGAUUACGAGGACAGGCGCCAGAACGCCAAACUUGCCAUCUCAAUCGCUCGCAAGCUGAAUGCCCUGAUCUUCCUUGUCCCGGAGGACAUUGUGGACGUCAGACCUCGCUUGAUCAUGACCUUCGUUGCUAGUCUUAUGGCUAUACAGUAAAUGCGGUUAUACUGCACUGUUCAAGGUGCUUGUUUCAUCCUACGGACCACCGGAGGGAAUGUUGCUACGAUACUUAGUGUAAACAGAAGUCUCGAGAAAAGUGUAACUGAUCCUGUCAUAAUCGAAGUUAUCCCUAUCAUUCACUUGUCUACGUUGGUCUCCCCUAUUUGAUUAAACGUCUGCGCGAACGUCUGGAUGAAGUCAAGCCCCGUCUUGCCGUCCAGAACGCCCUCCCGCCAGUUCACCCAGAUCCCCAUGCCCGUUCCAGGGUAAGAUACGACGUUCAUCACCAAGGCAGCGGUCAGCGGCCCAGGGUUCUGCGCAAACCAAAGCCCGUCAACGCGCAGCCCCGGGAUGGGCGGGCCAGGGCCAACUCCAAGGUUUGAUAUCUCGAGCAGUGCGCGGAAGGGCUUCUCCGAAUGAGCGCGCUUCAACAACCACUUUUCCCAGCCCGUGAUGGAUGAUCCGGCAGCGGGUGGCGGGUCCGGUAUGUAGGCGAGCAUGCCCAUCUUGCCCUUGUCGGUGGCGAGGGCGGAAGGGUCGGACAGACUUGCGGCGUACGUCUUCGCGGCCUCCCAAAGUGACUCUUCCGACGGCGUCGAGGAGGCGUCUACAACGAAUGAGUAGGCAUGCGGUGCGACAUAGUUUCCCGUGGUGCUUGGGUGGCCAAGACUCGGAUCCCGAAGUGACCGUGCAGUUUCCGUUUCGAGCUCUAGCCUCUUAGGAUGGAAAGCUUCGGGAGACGCCGUUAUAACCUGGUGCAGAGAUUGUAUGCCGCAGGCCAUGAUGACUGGCUGCAGGGUCUUGAUACCGUGCGACUUGCCGACCUUCUUGACAUGAUCCACAGUCGCUUGCGGGAAGAACAGCAUCUUACCCGUAGGACGACACUUGAAGGAUGGUGUCGAAGAAGAUGGAGGCCAGGAGGGUAAAGGCGUAGGAAGAAGAAUUUUCGGGAUAUGCGGCCGUACAAACUCGUUGAAUAGCAC